UCCCCCGAAGCGCGCCUCCUAACGUCACCUCGCCGCACACUGGCGAGACCUGCGGUCUUCGGCAUCCGGGCUCUUCCUCACUAGUGCGUCUCAGAGAGGAAAACAGACAUUUUUCCCGCUGCUAGGGGGAGCGGCCUGGACUGGUUGGAGCGGACUCCUCUCCCUCGAACCUGUAGCCUCAUCGUUCCUGGCCACGCCCCGGGAGACCCGGACCAGUGCCUGACGCUGCGCGAGGACACCGAGGCGACGCAGGUGAUGGCGGAGACCGGUGAGGGGAGCGAGGAGUCGCCGCAGCUGUCGGAGGAGGCGGGCGUCCCCGGCCGCGCUCCCCAGUCCUUGCUCGGCGGGGAUCGCGAUCGCGCAGAGCCCGAGGGUCUGCAGAGGGAGGCGCCGCCUUCCCCUGGAGGCCCAGACGCAGUCGCAGAGGUGCUGGCCGCAGACAGCAGCCUGCAGACUGGCGCUCAGGAUGGGGAGGAGGCCCUGGAAACCUGGGGCACAGAGACGACCGCGUCGGAGGUGACGGGGAAAGGCAAGGGCGAGGAAGCAGAGGCUGAAAAGUGCGUCAUCGAUUCAGUAGCGGUGGAAGAAGAGGUGGGGUCUGGAGUGGUGAUGGCGGAGAGCCUGGAGGAGGAGGCGGUGGUGCAGAAGGAGUCGCCAGGAGGUGAGGAGAUGGAAAUGGCGGAGGGAGACAGAGUGAUGGGGGCGGCGAAGGAGCCAGGGCCCUGGCCCUUGAAUAUGAAUCUGCGCAUGGAUCCUCUGGAGGCCAUCCAGCUGGAACUGGACACUGUAAAUGCUCAGGCGGACAGGGCCUUCCAGCAGCUGGAGCAGAAGUUCGGGCGCAUGCGUCGCCAUUACCUGGAGCGAAGGAACUACAUCAUUCAGAGUAUCCCGGGCUUCUGGAUGACCGCAUUUAGGAACCAUCCCCAGCUGUCUCCCAUGGUUAGGGGCCAAGACGCCGACAUGUUAAGGUAUGUAACCAAUUUGGAGGUGAAGGAGCUCCGACAUCCUAGAACGGGCUGCAAGUUCAAGUUCUUCUUUAGAAGAAAUCCCUACUUCAGAAACAAGCUAAUCGUCAAGGAGUAUGAGGUCAGAUCUUCGGGGCGAGUGGUGUCUCUUUCCACGCCAAUCGUAUGGCGUAGGGGACAUGAACCCCAGACCUUCAUUCACAGAAACCAAGACCUCAUCUGCAGCUUCUUUACCUGGUUUUCAGACCACAGCCUUCCAGAGUCUGACAGAAUUGCUGAGAUUAUCAAAGAGGAUCUGUGGCCGAAUCCCUUGCAGUACUACCUGUUGCGUGAAGGCAUCCGCAGAGUCAGGCGUCGACCAGUGAGAGAGCCAGUCGAGAUCCCGAGGCCCUUUGGUUUCCAGUCCGGUUAACUUCUACCUUAGGUAAUCCUGCUGCUCAAAUUCCCCUCCCAUGUCCUGCUGGUCUUAAGCUUGGACAAAAGCAACGGUAUGCCAUUUUUUGUUUCUUGACUGAACUGUCUGUGUUCUCUCUCCUCUGAAUAUUCAGUUCUUUCAACCGCAAGAUCAAGACUUACGGACAUGCUUCUUGAAAUUAAUACUUGGCUCUCAUGCUCUUCUAUGUUAAUAUCCCAUGCUGCAUGGCAACAGUUCACACUACUUCGAAGACAAGUCAGUGAUGUUGUAAAUUGCAUUACCUUUACUCUGUGUAGACGCUGAUAUUUUGAGAGCCUCUGAUUUUUACUACCGCUUGGAUUUCUAGCUUGUCUUGGAGCCUAGUCUGCUCAUCCUUCUCUGCAUCCAACUGUUUAGGAACUCGGUCUGUGGAUAAUUACUGGGCAUUAAUGAUGCCAAGGGAGCGUGACAAUGGACCAAUUUUUCUGUGAUUUCUGCUACUUUGUGACUUCGCCUGUACCACUUGUUACCUUCGGAUGUCGCCAGCUAUUCGCUAUGCCAGCUCCUUUUGAGUGUUGCCAACGACUCUUAUCUCCCACAUUAACGUUUUUCUCCUAUUAACAAGAAAAACUUUUUAAAAAAAAUUUUAGAAACAUCUGAAAAAGUAGGCAUUUGUUGUUUUGGCUCUUAUUUCCAGAAUAGAGAGGUUACCAUAUAAGAUAGACUUAGAAGAUCUGAUUGCUCUCACCCCUUCCUUCAUGACUCCUUAUCCUCUUAAGAGGUGUAGAGGGUGCAAAGGGAGGCAUAUUUACUUGGAAAGAAAGGCAACAUCUGCUUUAAUCAGUGGAACAAACAGGCUAUGAUGGGUGCUCUAAGUUGGGGAAACUGAGCAAAAGAUUAGAGGCAGAAAUGAGCCAGGUAGAAAUUGGGUUGAGAAUGAAGACUGGGCUGACAGAGCUAUCAAUUUUAUUCUAUCAAUGGUAAUGGGAGGAGAUAUUUUCUCAGGUUUGAAAUAGAAAAAUUGCAGGGAUUUUGGAGUGUUAAAUAUGUUGCCUGGAAAGGGUUCUUUAUAAAGAAACUAAUUUUGAAUGCUUUUCUUGUUUUAUGUUAUGUGAACUACAUGGAAGAUUAAUAUUGUACUGUUAUUUCAUUAUUACUAGUUAUUUUCAGUUAAUGCUUGCUGGGAAAAUUCAGCUGUAUAGCUUGUUUUCUUUGUUUCUUUUUUUAGCAUUUGCUUGGGAACAUUUGGAAAUAACAGUUGUACUUUCCUGUAUGGUAUUGAGACUUAAGCAAAUAUUCUUAAGAGUUUUCAGCUUGUUCUUCUUUCUGUUAAGCUGUAUUUGCAGUAACAUAGUUUGGACAACUUGAUCUUUAUCAAACUUGUCAAAUUAUUGUCUUCAUGGAAAAAUAAUUCACAAAAAUAUGUGGCUUGAUUGAUUUUCUUAAUAUGUCUCUUCCUUAAUUGCAUUAAGUACUUGUGAGAUUACUGUGUUAAACUAGAAAUUUACCACUGGCAUAUUUUUCUUUAUUUAUGA